AUGGCUUGUCUCAGUGGGUUCAGCCUGUCUCGCAUCCCCUCUAUCCUGAUGUUGGCGGUACUGUACGUGGCCUAUGUGUUGAUCGGAGGACUGAUCUUCUGGAAGCUGGAAGGAGGUCUGGUGCGGCAGGAAAAAGCCCGUAUACUUGAGGAGAAGAGAUCACUACUAGACACAUACCCCUGUCUGAACCAAGAGGCCCUGGAUGCUAUAGCUCAGGUAUUUCGAGAUUCUUCCAAGGUUGGGCUUAGUCUGAAAGGGAACCAGACCAUGGACAGCUUCUGGAAGUUCACUAGCUCUGCUGUGUUUGCUGCCACUGUGGUCACCACUAUAGGCUAUGGCAACAUGAGCCCCAGUACAACGGCAGGUCAGAUCUUCUGUGUGUUCUUUGCUCUGUUUGGGAUCCCUCUGAACAUGGUGGUGCUGAACAGAGUAGGCAAGUACAUGCUGGCCAUAGAGAGGAACGCCUCCGAUUUCAUCCAGGGAAAGACCAAUCACAGGAAGUUAACCAGGUUCAUGAUCCACCUGUUGUCCUACCUCUCUGGAACAGCACUCUUCUUUGUGAUGCCCAUGGUGGUGUUCAAACAGCAAGAGGGCUGGAGCUACUCACAGGCGAUCUACUAUUGCUUCAUUUCACUCAGCACCAUUGGCUUUGGAGACUACGUCGCAGACAGUAAUCCUGACCAUUACUAUCCAGAGUGGUACAGCGUCCUCAUGGCGUCCUGGAUUUUCUUCGGCCUGGCCUGGUUGGCCCUAGUCAUCAACCACACCAGCGACAUCCUGGAGCGGCUCAACACCCACCUCAAACACUGGUGGAGCCCUGAGGAACCUAGCAACGCAGGACCGGUGGAUGAGGUCAAGGAGCCCCCGGUGGACGGUUAAAAGAAAUAAAGAGAAAAUAAAAACUGUUGGUGAUGUCAUCCAGACAAAG